AUGACCACCCAGCUCACUCCCUCGAAGCAGGCUGCCUCCUCUCUGGAGAACUUCAAGAUGAGCGACUCGCCUGUCAAGAAGCUCAGCUUCGAGCCUUCCAACAAGGAGAACGCGCCCGUGUCGACCCCCGCCGUCGACACUGCCGCCGUUGAGGACAAGUCGGUCGUCGAGAAGCCCACCGUGCAGGAAGCCCCCAAGGUGGCUCCGGGCAUCAAGGAGAUCGAAGCAAACGAACCAUUGCUUCAAGAGAACCCUCAUCGCUUUGUGCUCUUCCCCAUCAAGUACCAUGAGGUGGGUGGCACGUCCAUACACGCGUCGCGCGUUAAGUGGUUUCGCGUCGCACGGGAAGGAAUGUUUGCUGACAUGGCUUUUCUUUCCACAACACAGAUCUGGCAGAUGUACAAGAAGGCCGAAGCCUCGUUCUGGACGGCGGAAGAGAUCGAUCUUUCCAAGGACUUGCAUGACUGGAACAACCGUCUCAACGAUGACGAGCGGUACUUCAUCUCCCGGGUUCUCGCGUUCUUUGCCGCGUCCGACGGCAUUGUCAACGAGAACCUGGUCGAGCGCUUCAGCUCGGAGGUCCAGAUCCCCGAGGCUCGUUGCUUCUAUGGCUUCCAGAUCAUGAUGGAGAACAUCCACUCGGAGACCUACUCCCUCCUGAUCGACACCUACAUCAAGGAGCCCAAGCAGCGCCAGUACCUCUUCGAUGCCAUUGAUACCAUUCCUUGCAUCCGCAAGAAGGCCGAGUGGGCUAUCAAAUGGAUCCAGGACAAGGAGGCCACCUUUGCUCAGCGGCUCGUCGCCUUCGCUGCAGUCGAGGGUAUCUUCUUCUCGGGCUCUUUCGCCGCGAUCUUCUGGCUGAAGAAGCGUGGCCUGAUGCCUGGUCUGACCUUCUCCAACGAGCUGAUCUCUCGUGACGAGGGUCUGCACACGGACUUUGCAUGCCUGUUGUUCUCGCACCUCAACUACCGCCCGAGCAAGGAGAUCAUCCAGGAGAUCAUCACGGAUGCGGUCGCUAUCGAGCAGGAGUUCCUGACGGAGGCACUUCCUGUGGCUCUUCUGGGCAUGAACGCCAAGCUGAUGUGCCAGUACAUCGAGUUCGUUGCGGACCGACUGCUGGUGGCGCUGGGCAACAAGAAGUACUACAACGUGACCAACCCGUUCGACUUUAUGGACAACAUCUCGCUGUCGGGCAAGACCAACUUCUUCGAGAAGCGGGUUGGUGACUACCAGAAGGCGGGCGUCAUGGCCAGCACGAAGAAAGACGAGAAGAAGGACGAUCUACCACUGAUAAGUCCGCAUCUCCCCAUCUUCAAACGCAUAAAACCCAAACGGAAACCUCCCCUUCUCCGCCAGAACCAACUCCUCAACCACCCGCGCGCCCUCAACCGGGUCCUUGAGCCCCGUAUACUUGGUAAGACCAGUCCGGCAAUACCCCGGACAAGCACAGUAGAAGGAAAUGCCCUUAUCGCGAUACAUCUUCCACAACUCAAUAGUCAACCUGUUCAGCGCGGCUUUCGCAACGCUGUACCCUACUUCCUCCGUAAGGAAGAAGUCGGUGCCAGCGGCGAAGGCGAGCGAACCCGUCUGCGACGCGAGAUUGAUGAUCCGCGCGUCUGGGGAGCGCUGCAGGAGAGGCAGGAAAGUGUCGAUGGUGAGCGCUACGCUGGCGACGUUGAUGUUGUAUGUUUCGACGAAGUGCGCGCUGUUCAUCCUCCUCAGCAGAGCGCUUGGUAUACAAGGGCACUGUAUGUGUAUAUAUCUGCUGCAGUAUAUCAGAUCGGAUCAGAUUCAUUAUCGGGGACAGGACAGGGUUAA